AUGGCGGCCCGCACGUGGUUGAGUUGUGGCAGAAAAAUGGGGUCCAUCUGGACAGGGAAUGUCUUUGCUCUCUUAAAUCCGCAAAAGUAUUCGAGCAGUGUUGUCCAAACGCAGAAUUACGUCGAAAGGUUCUUUCUUCUGGGCCAUAGGAGUUUGGCAAGUGAUUCUAAUCUAGACGUGGAAACAGAUCGAACUGCAGAUCGAAGUGUUACAAACAAGAACGACUUAAAAAGUAACUCAAAGAAUAAAGGUUUGCCACGAACAAGGCUACUAAAAGUGGCGAUUAUAGGAGAGGCAAACAGUGGAAAAUCGACGUUAACAAAUUGUUUAAUUGGGGACAAGAUCUCUGCGGUUACAGCAGUCCCUCAUACCACACGUAGGCAGACAACUGGAGUGUUCGCACUCGGCGAUGCUCAAAUAGUACUGCUAGAUACACCAGGAAUUGUAAACAUCCCAACGGCUAGACGGUUGAAAAUGACCCGUGAGCACAUGCGAGCUCCAAGUGAUGCACUGCAUGACGCUGAUGUAAUAGCUGUUUUAAUUGAUGCUGCUGACAGGAAAAGGAGUAUGGUAAUUCCCGAAACAAUUCUAACCAACUUGGAGAAUCACACAGACUUGCCGUCAGUUCUGAUCUUAAACAAGAUCGAUGUUGUCAAAGUAAAGACCAGAUUACUUGAUAUAGCCACAGUCUUAGUGCAUGACCGUGAAAAGGAUGAAUGGGGUUACAAAGACGAGGGUGGGUGGAGUGGGUUUGAGCAUGUAUUCAUGGUCUCGGCCAGAACUGGAGAUGGGAUCGAUGAUCUCAAGAAAUAUUUCGCUGUUAAAGCAAAGCCUGCUGAUUGGCUUUUUCCUGCUGAUACAGCCACAGACCAGAACUUUGAACAGAUAAUGCAUGAAAUUUUUAGAGAGAAAAUUUUGCAGUUGUAUGAACAUGAAAUACCAUGGCAGAUCAGGCAGGUGAAUGUAUUGUGCGAAGCCAGAGAGGGCCAUUGGAGAAUUCAUCACAAGCUAUACUGCCGCACAAAGAGCCAGCGGAGAUGUGUAAUGGAAAAAUUGGAACAGUUGAGACAAUUCGUUUUACCAGAUUUAGAAGAUGCUUUGGGGCAGCCUGUGGAAUUGACAGUAGAUGUUUCAUACAGUGCAAAAGUUGGCUUUCAGACACCUCUCCACAGUUACUGAAUAUGAAUAAAGCCAGUUUGAAUAACAUGUAAAAUAUAAUUUCAUCCACAGUUCAAUACUUGUUUAAAGGUCUGUGAAGAUGGCUUAUGAAUCCUUUCCAUUUUGAGAACAAUGUUAACCCCUUUGACUCCAAAGAGUGAUUAUCAUCUAAUUUCUCCUUACAAUAUCGUCUCUG